GGCCAUUGUUAGGUGUUGUGUUUUAGAGCAUCAAGUUUUUGGCGCCGUUGCCGGGGACUUUCUAGAUUAUUAGGAAAGGCAGAAGUUUGUUACUUUAGCGUUUUUCUUUUCUUUUCCACCCUUGCUUUUCACUUGGGUGUUUUUGUUUUUGUUGGUGCAGAUCUGAAUCAUGGAUCCUCAUGGCUUCUCCAACCAUUGGGGGUAUCCACCACCACCCGAGUGCUAUUACCCCGAGACUCCCUGGAGCAAUCAAGGAGGAGAAGACUAUGGAUUCAGGUUCCAGUACCAACCCCCUUUCUACGGAGAACAACCAGACCCCUGGGCAUAUCAAGAACAACCUCAUUACCAAGAAGACUUUCUCCCACAACCAGAAGGGCCGUCGGAGCUGGAGUUACCCAUGGCGGCCUUCACGGCCCACUCUGCAGAGCCAUGCUACACUUCACUGGAAGAUCCGAACAAACAAUUAAGGCUUCUCGUGGAGCAGUUUGCUCGAGACACUGAGAAAUCAUGCUCCAAGAUGGAUCUUCAAAUCAAAGCCCUUGCCACUUCCGAUCCCUCAUUUCUCCAUGAUAUGGAGGAGACUGUUCAGCGCUCAGCAAAGCAAACAGAGUGGGUGAAACAAGUUUGCUCACAUCUUGCUCAAGAUCACCUUUCUGCUACCACGCUAGAAGAGGUGGAGGAUGACAAAGGCUAUGGGAGCGACCACACCUUUCCUCAUUUAUGCUCUAACAUGCUGGGCCUGUGCGAGGAGAUGCAAGAUGAUCCCAUUGAAGAAAUUGCUUGGCGACUUGCUCUCCAAUCUGUUCUAGAAGAAGAAGAGCGAGCAAGGAUGAGGAAGGAAGUUGUGGAUGAUGAGGAAGAAAGAAAAGAAGAGGUGGUUCUUGAUCUUUUCCCAAGGGAGAGACCACAUUUUGAAGAAGGAAGGGGGGUUGAGGAAGCAAUUGGUGUCCAAGCUGAGGAUGAAGCUGAGGUGGAAGAGGCCUGCACCGGCCAUGAGUUACAUGUAAUAUCUCCACCAAACUUCGAGGAGCUGCUUGGCAAGGACCCAUUUGCAGUCUCUCUUUGCCAGACCAAGGCCGCAUCGACAUCGGUCCCUCUUGGUGGACGCGAUGGUGGCCAAUCGAUGUUGUCAUAUCUGGUUUGGGGCAAUGAGACGAGAGAAGAGAAAAAGAGGUCUCGAGGGUGGAGACUUCAUCUGCAUCAAGUACAUGAGCCUUCAUCACCUGCCACACCACAUGCUCGUGACUUGAGACUCCACCUCAUCGACGAGAACCUCAACUUCAAGGAGGUUCUAGCAUGGACCGAAACUUAGGAGCCAUCGUCCGGCUCACGACGUGAAAGAAGCGCUUGUUGGGAGGCAACCCAACCAGUCGGUUUGCAUUUCUUUCUCUUUUUCUCCUCGGUUGAGUCAGUUUUGUUAUUUGAUUUUAGAGUCAAUAACUCAACCUUUGUGAGAUUUUGUGUGGUGUUUGUGUUCUGAUUACUCUCUCUUCCUGGAAUGCACUGCCUGACCCGUACAUCAUCAUUCACCCUUGAUCUGGUAACUUCGUUCUACCCUCCUUAUCUUUCCUCCAUUGAGGACAAUGUCGUGCUUAAGUGUGGGGGUGUUCGAUUAUGUAUGCGGGUGAAUGUUUGGCUGUUUGUGUGCUUGGAGCCUAGUUCACUGCCCAAAUUUUUAAAUUUGAGGGCUCCAAGUACGUGUUCCAUGCAAUUGCCUGCUCAGUAUGCUUUGAAUUGACAGUCUUUACAGUAAUAUGCAACCUAGGGAGGUAGUGUAGCACUAUGGAGGAUGUUGAUGCAUUUAAGAAGUCUCAUUUCUUCUUCAUAUAAAGUUGGUUGAUUGAGUGAAUUAGUGAUCUUAGGACCCUUGAAUUGUGUGGUGUUGUGGAUUUUCUACCUGUCAUGGACUCUUGUAUCAUGUUUUGAAAAUAACAGGUGCUCGAAAAUGUGCUUCAAAAUAAACGUCUCCCGUGCGAAUAGGGCGAAAGUGUGUAAGGGGAGACGGGAAUUCGUUCCCAAUUCCCACCUACUACCUCCAGCCCCCUUACAUGUCUUUCCCCCGCACGAGGCUCGAGACAUCCGCUCCUGGCAUGGCCGGUAAGAGCAGGUUGGGACCCUUGAAAAAGAAAAGAAAAGAAAAAUAUCAGAAAACAAGCAAAACAGAAAAAAAGGGGUCUCAACCAUCUUCAAGAAGAAAAUAGAGCACCUUGAAAAAUGUGAGUCCAUGAUCCUUUGUUUUUGAGAAUCUCUUCAUCCACAAUUCAUUUGUCCUCUGUUCACUAUUUGCCAUGAUGCCGACUCGCCGAAGAAGUAAUGAGAUGACUUGUGCGUCGGUUGACCUCGUAAGCUGCUAAAUGAUCUAGGAAGUCCUCUACCUACGAUCUGGGUUGUUUGUUGCUAUAGAGGUCUGGAGAGUUGCAUUGGUUUGAGUUAGGUUUGCUUGGGGACAAGCAAACGGUUAAGUGUGGGGGAGUUUGAUAGACCGUUAAUUACACAUGUUCUUACCCCUGUUCUUACACCGUUUGAGGUGUGAUUUCUUGUGUUUUAGACCGAUUUCACGCUAGGUUGUGCUUGUUUGUGAUGUUUCAGGUCCUAGUACGUGAAUGAAGGCUUAGGAGCGAGUCUGGGGUCGAUUGGACGAAGAACGGACGAAUGGCGAGGUUUUUGGGGAGCUGCACGGGCAGACCAGGGAGGCUGCACGGCCGUGCACGUGAGCAAUAUGGCCGUGCGCCUUAUGCCGAGGACACGCACGGGCAACCCCUGAAGCUCGCACGGCCGUGCACCCUGGCCGUGCGAGAGGGCUGAAGUUCGACUAAAUGACACGCUGCGUUUUGAGUUGCACGGCCAGAAUGGUGAUAUGCACGGCCGUGCACCCUGCCCGUGUGCAAUGUAGUCAAAAUCCCGAUUUUAAUCUUAAAAUCUUACGAUUUUACGAUUUUACCUAUGGGUUCCGAUCCUGAUUUUACUGUAAAAUCUUUGAACCUUAAAAUCCCAUAAAAUCCCGAUUUAAAACUCUAAAAUCCAUAAAAUCUACGAUUUCUACGAUUUUGUACGAUUUCAAGGUUCAUAUAAAUUGGAUCAAAAUUAGGCCGGUCAAGUUGGGUUAUGCCCAUGAACCGAGUCAAAUUUACUUUCCCCAACCCAACAUAAUGAACAACACAACCCCAACCUGAAAGUUAACCCUCAAUUUAUUUUCAUUCUCUUCCUCGUAUCUUUCUCUUUCGCACGUCGGCGCCCAACUCCUUCCAUCAACGAUAUCUUCCACCCUCCCAAUUAGCUUGUAGUUUGUUCCCACCACCCUCACAAUAAUCCAAAUAUCCAUUACAUUGCAAGCUUUUGUUCAUCUCCCAAUCCUUCAGCACCACUAACCCGACCUUUUAUCAAUUAAGAAGGGAAUGCAUCAAUCAAUGAGUUAUCUUUUCCAGAUGAUGGUAAUCAAGAAAAUAUGGUUAAUGGUGAAAGUACUUCAAGUGAUCAUAAGAGUAAUGAUAUUAGUCCUUAAACAAAUAAAAACGAUGAGAGUGAGGGUGAGGUUGAGGAUGAUGACGAUGAUGUGUAAGUGAUGUUAAUGUUGAUCCUAACGAUCUUAUGUGAUUUUUUACUCUUAACAAUUAAUUAACAGUGAUAUCUAUAAUGUUUCAUGUUUCUUAUUUGUGUGUUUCUAUUAUGUACAAGAAAAAUAUAUGGAUUAGUUGUGUUUGUUUAGCAAACAAACAUAUCUUGGGAAGUAAUUAUGCUUUAUGUGGUUGAUUGUUAUUCAAGAUAUGCAUUUUUAUUACUAUCUAGGGUUUUAAGUAUUUAUUUUAAUAUGAAUCUUAAAAUCUUACGAUUUUACGAUUUUAAUCUACGAUUUCGAUUCUACCUCAGUUUUCGAUUUUACUUAAAAUCUAGAUUUUGACUGCAUUGCCCGUGUGAGUCGGGAUUUCCUGGUUUUAAGCCAAAUUCCGAACCAAAGAAGAAGAGAGCUGGGUUUUGGAUCCCAAACACCCAAGGGACGAACCCUAGAGAGAGAGAGCGACUUGGGAACAUUCUUGGAGCUAUUUUGGAGGAUUUCUUUGCCAUUGGAGCUCGGGAAUCAAGCUUGGAGAUGGAGAUUGAAGAUCUAGAUCAGAUUUCUGCAGUCUCUCUCUUCUCUAUGGAGUAACUUCCCUUCACUUAGGUUUUGAGGAAUUCUAGUUCCAUGAGUUAGGAGCUUGCUUGUAUGAAGUUUUGGAUGCUAUGUUGUUUGAUUAUAAUCGAAUGAUGCAUGUUUAUUGAGUCAAUUGAAGUCUGAUCAACUUUUCAUGAUUCCUGCUGCAAUCUGAGAUAGAUAGAAUCUGAUUAGGUUGCUAGAGUCUCAUCAUUCGGUAGUAGGAGAUUGGCUAUACGAGAGUUAGCCAGUUUACUACUUUGUACUGGAAUCCAAUUCCAGUAGUGGAGUUCUGUGCUUAUUGCUUCAGCUUUCUAUCCCGGUGAAGACUAGUCGUCUGCCGGAUAGUUAGACUGAGAGGGCUUGGUCAGCUUAAGAGAUUCCAAGCUACUGUCGGAUCUUCCGCAGUUUAAUCAACAGUAAAACAACCAAAAGGAAUUACAACUUGGACCUAAUUGAGGAGCUAGGGGGAAUCAUACCUAAGUGAGUUCCCAAACUGUAAUUAGUAGUUUUACUUAGUUGAGUUAGUAGAGUAUUUUAGUUAAUCAACCCUUAAUCUAGUUUGCUAGAUAAUGAACUGAAGCUGAGUAAUAGUAACUCUAGAGACCCGUGGAUUCGAUAUUUAUUACUUGUGCCACUAUACUGCAGUCCCUUUCAUUGGUUACACUUGGCCAUUGUUAGGUGUUGUGUUUUAGAGCAUCAGCCACGUCAGCACUUAACGGAUUCCAUUAACGGAGAUGGAUGUCAACUAAUGGAGAGUGACCAUACAUGAACGCUUUUAUUAAAUUAAGUGAUCACUAAUGGAUUUAAUUAUUUCUAGUGACCAAACAUGAACGUUUUUUGUAAUCUCAGUGACCAACGAUGCAAUUUACCCUAUAAUAAUAUCAAUCGAUUAAGAUGGGGAGAUGGGAGGGUUCCUUACACGUAACAUGAGUGUACAAGUUUGAUGUUACGGGGCAAGGGUGACGUAUGUCGACUGCUGUCUCCGGUGUGUGACAAGCUCGAGUCUCCCACCUCCUGCUCGAGUCUGCCUCCCUUGUCGAGUGCCGACCGUCGAGUCAAUCUCCCUCCCUUGUCGAGAACGCCAUGUAGCCGCCGUGCCUAGUCACGCUCCCUUGCUCGAUGAGUUGGACUUCCAUCCCAGAGAUAUAUGUCGAGCUCGUGUUCCAUCCUAGACCCAGAACACAAGAAGUCUUAGAUUUAACACUUGAGUCCAUGUGUUUCGAUUGUUUCACACUUUCACUAUGCUGGUUCAGUUCACAUUCCUAGUGUUUUGCUAAUAGGUUGGCAGAAUCGCCUGAGGUUAAUGACAAGCUCAACAUAUCUUAACAUAAGUUAUAUAUGAUAAUUGGAGAUUUCGACGAAGACCAAGCAAAAGGUUUCAACAAAAUAAACAAGCCAGGGAACAAUGAUUUAACUCUGAUAAGUGGUAAAAAGGGUCAAGGAACCAACUGUAAAAGGCUAACUGAAAGGUUUUGUACUUUGUACUCGUUUCUAAACAUGCAUUUGAACAAUUAUGUAGUUGAUUCUGUAAUGUUUCACUUUGUUGAUUGUUAUAUUACUUAUGCCCAGGGGUGGAGCCAGGAUUUCUACACUGGGUGGGCCGAAAAUAAUUGAAUGUAAAUAAA